AUGCCUGGAAGACAAUCGCAUGGCAGAACGCUGUUGAAGCAGCCCAAAGUUCGAACAAAAUCGAAGAAUAAGACUAUCGAUGCAUUUUCUGCCGCACAACAACAAAUUGGGGAACGCCAUCGAGUAAGACAAAGUCGAUUGGGUCAUGCUGAAGGCGGGAAUAGACCUGGGAAGCGAGAUAGAGAUGAAGACGACGAAGAUGAUGGAGAAGACGAAGAGUUCAGUGCGAAGAAACAAAAAAAGGGUCCAGCAAAAGGUCGAUUCGAUGAGCUAGAUAUCGACGAGGGAAGCGAUAGUGAAGGGAACACAUGGAAAAUGGGUGUGGUGGACAGCGAUGAUGAUAGUGAUAUUGACAGUGACGAAGCUUUUGGGGAGAGUGACGAAGAAAGAUUCGAAGGAUAUGCGUUUUCGGGGAGCUCGAGUAAUAGAAAGAGUUCUAAGAAGCGUAUGCCGCAAAAUAAAGAAUUAAAUCUAGAUGAGGAUGAUAAUGGGGAGGACUCCGGAUCAGAAUUGGAGGAAGGUGAUUUAGGAGAGGGUGCUGUCGAUCUCGCAGAUAUGUUAGACGCUUCAUCAGACGAUGAGGAUGAAGCUGAAGCCGAAGGCUCAGACCAAUCCGGCUUUGACGACGAAGAAGAAAGCGACGAAGAGUCUUCCGCAUCGUCUGCCGAUGACGAAGAUGAAGACGAUUCUAUGGAUCCGUCGAAACAUGCGGCACUACAAGAUUUAAUUGCGAAUCUUCCACUCAAUGAAAAAGCCCUCGUCAAACGACGAAAUGAUGGCGUGAGCGAAUAUGCUACCCCCGGAAACUUUGGUCUCCCAUCGACAAAAGAAUUCAUCACAGACCUUGGCACAAGCAAGAUUAACGAUCGUUCAAUCAAGAAGGCUCUCAAGUCUGAAAAGGGCGAUGACAAAAAAAAGGUUGCUAGCACGUUAGAAGUACCUCUCGCUAGGCGUCAACAAGAUCGUCUCGAUCGUAGCGUAGCAUACAACAAGACUAAAGAAACUCUGGAUAGAUGGACAGACACCGUAAAACAUAACCGACGAGCAGACCACUUGGUUUUCCCCUUGGCAGAUCCAGAUGCAGAUUCCGCACGCGCAAACACUCGACUUCAAUCCACAGCACAAUCCAAACCAUUCAAUGAGCUUGAAGCCACAAUCCAGAGCAUUCUUGAGGAGAGUGGACUCGCCACUGCGGGUGGAAGAGACGACGAAGAUAAAAUCCGAGAGUUUGAGGAAUUGGAAAUGAACAAACUAUCCAUGGAGGAAGUGAAAGCUCGUAGAGAUCAGUUACGAAUGGCUCGAGAGCUCCUUUACCGAGAAGAGCUUAAGGCGAAGCGAGUUAAAAAAAUCAAGAGCAAGUCUUAUCGCAAAGUUCACCGAAAGCAACGUGAAAGAGAAGAGGCGAAAAACAAAGCAGCUCUUGAAGAGGGAGGCUUUGUUCCUUCUGAGGAUGAGCUUGAGGCUCAGGAUAGAAGACGUGCGACUGAGAGAAUGGGGGCAAAGCACCGAAACAGUAAGUGGGCCAAAGCCACAAAAGCUACGGGUCGAGCGGCAUGGGAUGAAGAUGCUAGGGACGGUAUUACCGAAAUGGCUCGAAGAGAGGAGGAAUUGCGAAAGAGAGUGGAAGGAAGAGCAGUGAGAAAAGAGUUUGAGGACGACUCGGAUGAAUCCAUGGACGAUUCUGAGGAUGAUAUGAGCGACGAUGACGAAGGAACGGAGCAGAAACGAAUUCUCCGACGCCUGGAAAGGGCAGGAAAAGACGAUAUUAUUGACGACUCCGCUCCAGGAGCAAAGUUGGCAAACAUGAAGUUUAUGCGGAAUGCCGAAGAAUCUCGCAAGAAGGCAAAUGAUGCUAUGGUGGAGGAAAUGAGAAAGGAGCUCGCAGGAGAAGAAAGCUCUAGUGAAGAGGAAGAAGACGGCGAUAUUGGGCGUAGAACAUUUGGACCUGGAUCUAAAGUCAAAGAUGCUCCAACAAAACCACAAAACUUGAAUGAAUUCGAAGAACCUGCCGACUCGGAGGAUGAGGACAACAUGGAUGUAGAAUUCACGGGCGUUGAUAAUGGUCCUAAAGCAACUGCCAGUGCACCAAAGGCGAAGAAGACGAACGGCUCGAGUGGAGGUGUUGGAAAGUCAUUUGUCACAGAACCAGAGGUGGCUACUGAAGGUGGAGCUUGGUCAAAAGUACCUCUGAAAUCGGAUAUGGUCAGCAAAAAGGAGGCAAACAAACGCAGGCAUAAGAGUAACAGUGCUAUGGAUGUCGAAGAGCUUGAUUUGUCACAAGCUGCGGUAAUGGCCAAGCAACCCAAACCCAAGAAGGCCAAGUCAAAAACAGCCCAAAUUCUCGAGGCUUCUGAUGAAGAUAGUGAGGAUGAUGGCGCUAUUAAUCUUCCAUUCGCCAUCAAAGACCAAGAACUUAUCAAGCGUGCUUUCGCUGGAGCUGAUGUCGUCGGUGAUUUUGAAGCGGAAAAAAAGCAGACCAUCGAGGAUGAGGACGAGAAAGUCAUCGAUAAUACCAUACCCGGUUGGGGAAGUUGGGUAGGAGACGGCGUGAGCAAAAGAGAAAAGGCAAAGAACAAAGGAAGAUUCCUUACCAAGUCUGAGGGUAUCAAGGAGCAGAACAGGAAAGAUGCAAAGCUUGACCGCGUUAUCAUCAAUGAGAAACGUGUCAAGAAGAAUGGUAAAUACUAUGCAUCACAAUUGCCUCAUCCUUUCGAGAACCGCCAACAAUACGAGCGCUCAUUACGAUUGCCAGUUGGUCCGGAAUGGGCUACCAAGGAGACCUUCCAGGACUCGACCAAGCCGAGAGUAAUGGUCAAACAAGGCAUUAUUGCUCCUAUGUCCAAGCCUUUAUUGUAG